AGCCGAAGGAGGAUUGUUUUUGUGGGUAAAAAAUGGGCGUAUAGGCAAACAUUUGUGCUGCUUUCUGUGUCAGCUGAGCCAAAAUGGACCCUCGCUCCCCGGUGAAGUCCAGGAUGGUGGUGGUAUCCGGCGUGCCCGACGUCCUCCCGGCCAGUCGCAUGAUUGACAAGCUGACCAUUCACUUCCAAAGCUCCCGGAGUGAUGGAGGCGAUGUGGAAGAUGUGAAAUACCCGACCAACUUGAACGGCGUUGCAUUUGUCACGUUUGAAAGGGCUAAAGAUGCAGAGCGGGUGGUCAAGAAGGAGCAGCAGGUCAUGAGGGACAAGGAGUUUCCUGAAGACUACCAUCUCACCGUGUUCCCCUUCACCGCAGAUGUGUUUUUCUACGUCACCAAUGCUAAAGUGGAUCUCUCAGCAUUCCACUAUGACCAGGAGUCGCUGAUCCAGAGUCUGAAGUCAACACACAGGUGGGUACGUUUCCAGGCUGUGCCUCAGGAGAAGAAGGCCACAGUGGAGGGGCCUUUCACCGCCAUCAAGGCCCUGAGAGAGGACCUGAUUAGCAGGGCUAACAGGUAUCAAAACCUGGCUGCAGGCCAAACCGCUGCUGUCAAACGAAAAGGAACUCCUAAUAAUCUGAGGGCAGUAUCUCAUCAUGAAAGUUUGGGGUCUCUGCGCAGCAGCAAUGCUGAGACUAAUCAGGAAGUGGUGGCUUCAAACGGCCGAUCAAAGUCACCACAUUCCACAGGUGAUGCAACUGAGGACCAACGGCUGCUUUCAAAUGCAAAAAAUCAGAACUCUCGUAUCAGGCAAAAACUUUUGGGUGCAGACAGCUUUUGCUACACAAUCAGUAAGGCAGAGGAGGAGCUGAGCACUCGAGGACAUGUAAUUGCAUCGGACGUAAUAGGAUCUGUGCAUAGCUACACAGAAUAUAGAGCAGAGCAAGCGGAGGCCACCACGGAAGAAGUGUUAGGGAAAGCUGAGAUGAAUGCAGGGAUUAGAUCUUUCUUAUCAAGGCCAAACCAGCGCACAACAGAGGAAAUAUCAACAGAACAAACCGUGCUGGAGAGUAUUUCAGGAAAGCAGACCAGACUCGACAGUAUUUCAGCAACCCAGACUAGAGGAGAAAGUAUUCUGGGAUCCCAUCACAUCAGCGCCGAUUAUAGGGACGGAUCAGAUCAGAGCAGCACAGCAGUAAAUGCUAGCCUUAAAGAUAUGUCAGCAUCCUUGGAGACAGAUAGCAGGCAUGUGGAGGGCCUUGAGGAUCUUGAUGAUGAGUGCAUAUGGGUCGACUCAAACACUUUCAGGUACGUUGAAAGAUUUGACAGGGAGUUCAGCAGGUUCUUAAAAGAGUACAAUGUGUCCAUUCAGUAUGACGAAGGAUCCGAGCUCACCCGGGUAUCACUGACUGGACCACAAACCGAUGAGGAUGGGCUGCCCUCUGAUCUCCCAUGGGCUUCAGCACGCCUCAAGAGAUUGUUUGAGCGCUGGCAGACAAUUUUAAGAGUCCACUUGAUUGACAUCAAGGCGGGUGAGAGACAGAGGCUGCUUCAGAUCUGCGAUGAUGUGAAUGAUAUGUUUAAAGAUGUUCUCUACAUGGAAGAGGAUUCUUAUAUUAAAGUGGUUGGACCCUCCACACUUAGUCAUCUGUUCUGCAAGUGGGUGAAGGAAGACUUGCUAAAAUGAAGGAUGCAUUCCAUAUGAGGUCUGCCUGUUUCAUGGUACAGUUCAUUUGACAGGUCAUUUUAAACAAAACUGCUUUCUUCGCUGUGAGUAUUUGACAUUGUGGUGCUCCACUAAAUAUACUUUUAAUAGUGAACACAGGGUGGCGCAAUUGUGUAACAUGUUACCCUUGCAAAACCUGCAUAGUACGUUGCUUAAAGUUACUCACACUCUGUCAGUGUUUCUAGUAAGAUCAGUACCACUCUUGUGUUUUUUUUCCAGAUACCAGUGUUUAGUUACAUUGCAGUCAUUUGUGAUUUAUUGAGCUUAUAAAUGAAUAAUAAGCCCAAUAUAACUGUCUUUCAUCA